AUGACAAUUGGACAAUCAAUAGUCAAGGUAAAAGUCACGUUACUUUCAAGGGCAGCGCCCUACCGGGGUGACAACCUGGACCUUUUCCAGGCUGCCUAUGAGGCACUACAGCGGGAGACGGAUGGUCAGCGCAUGAUCGCAGCGGCACGUCGUCUCUCCCAGGUCUCCGCCCAGAUGAUAGCCGACGUGAAGACACAGGCUGAGCAGGCUGAGGGCGAUCCCGAGAGACAGACCAAACUGUUCGCUGCAGCCAAGCAACUCGCGGAUGCCACCACGGACCUCAUUAACCACGCCAAGCUCUGCUCGACUGCUCCGGACUUAGAGCCGAACCAGACGAAAUUGAAACAGUCUGCGGAUGAACUCGUUGUCGUCGCCUAUGCAUCCGCGGCAGAACUCUUGAACGCUCGGGUUAUGCGUAGCCUCCAGGCCGCUGCACGAGCCGUCGUGACUGCCUCUACUCAUCUUGUCAACACGAGUCGUUGUGCCGCUAAGAAGUCUCGAGCCAACAACUAUCACAUCCUUGAGGAUGCCAAAGUUGUAAACGAACUCACACCGAAGCUCGUUUCCGCUAUUCGUUACGUUCGAAGUCGCCCUGACGACCCUCUUGCCCAACUGGAACUCAUAUGUGCCUGCCAGCAAGUUGUCGAGGUAAGUGCCUCAUCUCUGCUUUAUACCCGUCCCUCCCUCUCCUCUCUCCCUUCACGCCUAAAGAACCUGCGCAACGAAACUCUAGAAAACUGA